AAGACCUCUCUGAUCACCAGGUUUAUGUAUGACAGUUUUGACAAUACUUACCAGGCGACCAUUGGAAUUGAUUUCCUGUCAAAAACAAUGUAUCUUGAAGAUCGCACGGUUCGGCUGCAGCUUUGGGACACAGCAGGCCAGGAGCGGUUCCGCAGUCUCAUUCCCAGCUACAUCCGCGACUCCACUAUUGCCGUGGUAGUCUAUGACAUUACAAACUUGAAUUCUUUCCAGCAAACCUCCAAGUGGAUUGAUGACGUUCGGACAGAGAGAGGAAGCGACGUCAUCAUCAUGUUGGUGGGGAACAAAACUGACCUGGCAGACAAGAGGCAAAUCACUACAGAAGAAGGUGAACAGAGAGCCAAAGAGCUGAAUGUGAUGUUUAUUGAGACCAGUGCAAAGACUGGAUACAAUGUGAAACAGCUUUUCCGUCGUGUGGCUGCUGCCUUACCUGGGAUGGACAGCACACCAGAGAAGAGCAAAGAAGACAUGAUUGACAUCAAACUAGAGAAACCUCCUGAGCAGCCAGUCACGGAGAGCGGGUGCUCCUGCUAACAGGCCCGUUCUGUAGCAGCACAUUCCCCAACCGGCCAGUCUCACCGAAGAACAUCACCGCUCAUUGGCUAGGCAACCCUACUUUGUGGGCUGAAAAACCACUCUACUAAGCGAGCGAACUCCCUGUUUACUGGUGGGGAGCAGCCCCGGCCGCCCCUCUUACUGCAUGGUAUGAGCCCUGAGUGCAGAAUGAGUGUCCUGUCUUUUAUUUUAUUUUUUUAUGUUGUUGCACUUUGGCACUGCGGUGCCCUUUACACUCCCUCUCUUCCUCUCCUUCUCCCCCUCUUCCCCACCUUGAGCCUGUCUGCUCACAUGUAUCUUGUGAAUGCAAUGGAAAAGCCACCGAGUUAGGGAAGACGAAAAUAAAGCUUGGGGGUGGGCUUUCCACCUUCCUUACUGCCUUGCAUCGUAACUAGUUCCCCGUCCCCUCCAGCCCUGUCUUUGUCCCGCAUCCC